GGUCGUGAAGCUUCAAGCACGGCUUUAAACUUUGCCCAGUAUCAAGGGACAACGUCUUAUUUCAGGAAGCGGUGUUGCAUUCGCGACCUCACGCAUUCUCAAGCAAGUGACGUCACACUGCAGCCCCUCCAUCGUGGCUAUCUCGCGAGACUACGAGUUAACAAUCCAGCCGGCCUCUUCUCGCGCUGACGCCGAUCUCCGAUCGCCCCGCCUCCUCCUCUUCCUCCUCCUCCUCCUCCCCGGGUACGCCCUCCAGCUCCUUCCCCGCACGCAGCCCUCCCUUCCCACGCCCCAGUGAGUUGUGGGAUAGUGCCAGUAUAAAGUAUAUCCUCUCUCGGAGGAAGAUAAGAAGCCCGAGACAGGAGGGGGAUGAAGAUGGCGGACGCCAAGCAGAAGAGGAACGAGCAGUUGAAGCGGUGGCUGGGCUCCGAGACGGACCUGGAGCCGCCGAUCCUGAAGAAGAAGAAGACGAAGGUGAAGUUCGACGAUGGCGCCGUGUUCCUGGCCGCCUGCUCAAGCGGCGACACGGAGGAGGUGCUGCGAAUGCUCGACCGCGGCGCCGACAUCAACUACGCCAACGUCGACGGGCUCACCGCCCUCCACCAGGCCUGCAUCGACGACAACCCGGACAUGGUGACCUUCCUGGUGACGCACGGGGCCAGCAUCAACCAACCCGACAACGAGGGCUGGAUCCCCCUCCACGCCGCGGCCUCCUGCGGGUACCUGGGCAUCGCAGAGUACCUCAUCAGCCAAGGGGCCAGCGUGGGCGUGGUCAACAGCGAGGGUGAGACGCCGCUGGACAUCGCCGAAGAGGAGGCCAUGGAAGAGCUCCUGCAGAACGAGAUCAACCGACAAGGCGUGGACAUCGAGGCGGCCCGCAAGGAGGAGGAGCGCGUCAUGCUGCGCGACGCCCGCCAGUGGGUCAACAGCGGCCAGAUCCAGGACAUCCGCCACGCCAAGUCCGGAGGAACGGCGCUCCAUGUGGCCGCCGCCAAGGGCUACGUGGAGGUUUUAAAGCUUUUAAUCCAAGCGGGGUACGAUGUAAAUAUUAAGGACUACGACGGCUGGACUCCUCUACACGCGGCGGCACACUGGGGCAAAGAGGAGGCCUGCAGGAUACUCGUGGAGAAUCUUUGCGACAUGGACGUCAUUAACAAAAUGGGCCAGACGCCUUUUGACGUGUCGGAUGAAGAUGUUCUGGGAUACCUGGAAGAGCUGCAAAAGAAACAAAAUCUGCUGAUGAGCGAGAAGAAAGACGACAAGAAGUCUCCUCUGAUUGAGACCACCACCACGGGGGACAACAACCAAUCACUGAAGCCAUUAAAGAGCAAAGAGACGCUACUGCUGGAGCCGGAGAAGAGCGCCCCACGCAUCGAGACCCUGGAGCCCGAGAAGGUGGAUGAGGAGGAGGAGGAGGAAGAGGACGGCAAGAAAGACGAGUCCAGCUGCUCCAGCGAAGAAGAGGAGGAGGAAGAUUCCGAGUCGGAGAACGAAACGGAUAAAAGCAAGCCUUCGGCGUCGGUGGGCAACAGCACCGUGAUGCCCGCCCCGACCGGCAUCACCGUGUCCUCCGCCACCAGCCCCUCGUCGCCAACUAAAAAGUUUGAUUGCGUUGCCCCCGUCGCGCCCGCGGCGGAGCCGGGCUGUCCCGCAUUGUGGCGUCAAGGCUUGCGCAAAACUGGCAUUUCUCUCGUGCCCAAAAAAGCAACGGCGGCCACGCAACCUGGCACCAAGGUCUCGUCCAAAGUGGAGGAGGAGCGCAAGGACGAGUCGCCGGCGUCGUGGCGCCAGGGCCUGCGCAAGACGGGCAGCUACGGGGCGCUGGCGGAGAUCACGGCCACCAAAGAGGCGCAGCGGGAGAAGGACACCGCCACGGGAGUGAUGCGCUCGGCCUCCAGCCCGCGCCUCUCCUCCUCGCUGGAUAACAAAGACAAGGAGAAGGACAAAGCGACUCGGCUGGCCUACGUGGCACCGACCAUUCCCAGGAGGCUGGCCAGUGCGUCGGAUGUCGACGAGAAGGAAAACAGGGACUCGACGGCGCUGAUUCGUAGCGGCUCGUACACCCGGCGGCGCUGGGACGACGACCUGAAGAACAGCGAAGGAACCGCCUCCACCAACAGAACCCCCAGCUACCAGCGAAGCACGUCCCACACGCUGGCGCUAGGGCGGAGCGGCAGCACGCGGGACGUGCCGGCCAAGUCUUCGUCCACCUCCAGCUUGGACCCUAACGCCUGUAACACUAAACCCUGGCAGCCGCCCGCCUCCCACUACCAGUCGUACAGCAUUUACCGCAGCGGCUCUUUCGGCAGACGAUACGACGACUUGAGCCCCUCGACGACGAGCGCCACCGCCACCUCGGCCGUCUCGUCCGCGACGACGACGACCGGCACCACCUCCUCCUCAUCGGUUACCUCGCCCGCGGGCCACCGCGGCCUCCUCUCCGGCCUGGGCUCCGCCUCCACCCGUACUGGCUCCACCGGUCUCACCAGCAGGUACUGGUCCGAGGAGAACGCGGACAGGGAGAAAGACAGGGAGCGGGAGUCUGCCGCCGUCAUCCCCACCAUAAACACUGGCUCCACCACCACCACCACCACCACGUCGGCCACCACCGUUCUCGGCACGUCCGGCACCACCACCGGCCCAGAACGACGCAGGUCCUACCUGACACCCGUACGAGACGAGGAGUCCGAAUCGCAGAGGAAAGCUCGCUCUCGACAGGCGCGUCAGUCGAGGAGGUCCACCCAGGGCGUCACACUGACUGACCUGCAAGAGGCCGAGAAGACCAUCGGCAGGAGUCGCACCCCAAAGAGCCGCGAGGAGGAGAAGCAGGACAAGGAGAAGCAGGAGGAGAAGAAGGAGUACGAAUCCAAGGAGGACGACUACCGACCAAAGUACCGCAGCUUUGAAGACCGCUACCGCACCUCCUCGUCCAUUUCCUCGCUGAGCAGCGCCUCGGCCCCGUCGUACUCCAGCGCCGCCCUGACCUCCGGCUCGAGCUCCCUCAACAGGCCCAACAGCCUGACGGGCAUCGCCUCCUCCUACGGACGCUCCUCCAGGGACACCGAGAAAGAAAUGGACAAAAAGGACGAGGAGAAGGAAGGCGACGACAAGUCUCAGCCUCGCUCCAUCCGGGAUCGCAGGCGGCCCCGCGAGAAGCGACGUUCCACCGGUGUCUCCUUUUGGACCCAAGAUGGUGACGACAACGACCCCGAGCAGCGGUCCGACUCGGAGGAAGGCAGCAUCAAGGGAGAAGUGCAGGUGGACCGCUUGUCCAGAAACGACAGCGGCGCCGCGGCGGAGCGCAACGACUCGUCGCUCAGCCGCAGCUACGGCGAGAGUCGCAGGACGUACUCCAGCCGGCUGGACAGAGACGACGCCACCGACUACAAGAAGCUCUACGAGCAGAUCUUGGCGGAGAACGAGAAGCUGAAGGCGCAGUUACGCGACACGGACCUGGAGCUGGCCGACUUGAAGCUGCAACUGGAGAAGGCCACGCAGAGGCAGGAACGCUACGCCGACCGGUCGCAGCUGGAGAUGGAGAAAAGGGAAAGGCGAGCUCUCGAAAGGAAAAUUUCUGAGAUGGAGGAGGAACUCAAGAACCUCCCCCAGGUAAAGCAGGUUCAGGCUCUGCGUCAGGUUAAGGAGCGGCUGCAGGCCGAAAACCGGGCGCUGGCCCGCGUGGUGGCGAAGCUCUCGCGGGCCGCCUGCAGCCGGCCGCCCGCCGUCGACCUCUAAAAGGCGGCCGCACUUCCUCCUUUUCACCUCGGCGACCCUCUUAGCCCUUGCCAAACCUCACCCUCCCCCACACCAUCCAUUCAUGCCCCGCCCCCGCCCACAGACGCUCCCCGACUUGAAAGCGGACAACCAGAGGCUAAAGGACGAGAACGGCGCGCUCAUUCGAGUCAUUAGCAAGCUUUCCAAGUAGAGCCAGACCGCCACCGCCACCGCCACCGCCGUCUUCGCCACCACUGCCACCCGCCUCCCCAUCUGCCAGUGACUAAUGGAAUUGCACAACAUAUAGAUCGAAUUGCAAGAGACAUCAGACUUUUUUUUUCCCCCCAAUCCCUACCGUUUACAAGCCCAACGUCUAUUCAACCAGUAAGCCUUAGUUGUACAUAAAGAGGACCGCUCUUGAGGAAUUAUUAUUAUUGUUAUUAUUAUUAUUAUUAUUAUUAUUAUUAUUGCUAUUACUAUUACAACACCACCCGAUUUUAUUUGUGCCACGCCACCUUUUACUUGCUCCUGUGUUAUCAGUGUGCUGUGUCCUCUUUCUCCCUUCUCCCUAAGAAGUGCCACUUCCUGUCUUUUUUUUUUUUUUUAAAUCUCACACGUGCACUCACUCACUCACACACUCGCGCACACUCAUGACCACCUCCUCCCCAAUUUCGUUUUACCUCCGAGAGGGAAAAGAAACAGGAAAAAUAAAUCGAUAAAUCUUGAGGCGUACCAGGUGGAAUUUAAGCUUUCACUGAAUGUGCAAUAUGCAUGAUUAGAAUUUUGGUUGUUUCAUGCUUUAAUGACAUCACUUGGUUAGUCAGAAGUGUCACUCUUCUUCCACUUUAUCCCCUUUUGUUUGUUUUUGGCUUGUAGUGUUAGUUGGUUUAUACUCUGUAUUUGUCACCUUGUUUUAGGAGGUACUGAGUGAAGCUGUGUGUGUGUGUGUGUGUGUGUGUGUGUGGAUAUACAUAAGGCUGUAUGUUUGAGAGCAGCGCACGCUGAGUCUGUUACUAUUAAAAGUAUACCAAUUCCACACAGGACAAGCAGGUGUCUUUUUCUUUCUAUUUUUUUUUCUUUUAUUGAAGAGGCAAAAAGUGUUUCAGGUUUCAAAGUGGGACUGCCGACAGUGUUUUGUGUUUUUUUUCUUUCUUCUUCUUCAAAGAAAGUGGUAAAAAAAACUGCUUGACUACAUUUCACUUUCUUUGAGUUCACUAACUUGUGUUGUUUUCCGUUUUUUUUUUGCUGUAGUAUUCUAGCCAACAAGCUUAGCCUCCGUUUCACAAAAGUCUACGUGCACUGUCGACGCCGCGAGUCCAAAACACGCCGUUGAAAUAUUACACGCCAACUUUUAUGCAUUUCAGUGGCCUUUUUAUUAUGAACUAUAUUUUAGUCCAAGAAGAGAAAAAGCAAGAAGUCGCUGCAAAUAGACUGAUGAUGAGAACGAUGACAUCUACUCUGUUUAAGUUUUAUUUUAUUCUUGUCAUUUUGUUUUUCUUGUAAAAUAGGUGUGUGGCUUAAUACAUGCAAGCUGUGCUGUGACUACCAACCACUGAAGAGUUCAUUAAAAAUAAACUUGUACAUUGUAAAGUUCA